ACGCAAAACUCCAAUUAAUGCGUUUUUUACAUGAUUUCUUAGGUGCUCUUUUCGACUUUAUGAUUCGUUAGGGGGAAUAUGAGUUUUGUGUGGAAUAAUGAUGAUGGUGCUAUGAAUUUGAGGAAUUCUUGAGUUGGUUAUGGAAUGAUAUGUUCUUUUUUCAUGUAAUUGGUGGAACCAUUGGGGACUUGUCAAGAAGAAGAGAGGGCUAAUUGAAUUUUGAGCAUUUAAUUAAUGGAUGGUUCUGAAGGGUGAAGAAUUGUAUGAAUUAGGAUGAAUUGAGCUUAGAUGUUUGCUCCCAUGGUGAUUUUACUGGAACUUCUGAAAGUUGUUAUUCUGCAUGCUCCAUUUUCAUUGGGGUCAAACGAAUACAACUUCAGCGAAAUGUCUCAUCAACAGCAUUUCACGAUUCAUUCAUCUAGUUUCUUGCCAUUCGGUAAAGCCUACCCCCCUUAAGAAGAACUUUGAUAAUAUGGUUAGUGUGUUGAAGCGUUUGAAACCUGUGCUCGAUGAUGUUGUGGAUCACAAUCUCCCUUUGGAGGAAAAUCUGUAUAGAGAAUGCGAGGAAUUGGAUAUGUUGGUUAAUGAAGCUAAAGAGCUCAUUGAAAAAUGGGGCCCAAAGAUGAGCAAGAUUCGCAGCGUUCUUCGAAGUGGUGAAUUGCUGAUCAAGUUACAGAGUGCUUCACUUGAUAUUUGUCGUGUGAUUGUUAGAUCCCUAAAGUCACCUUCAAAUGCUUCAGUUUUGUCCAAUCUUCAGCAAUAUAUGCAGGAACUUCAGCGUCUUAAGAAGGAGACAGCAGUGGUCUAUAUAGAAGACGCACUUAGAAAUCAAAGGAAUAAUGUUCAAACUUCAAAUGAUCGUCUAAAAGGAAUUAUUGAGUUACUUCACCUUACAUCAAACCAGGAGCUUUUAAAAGAAAGUAUUGCUGCGGAAAAGGAAAGGUUGAACACUGAAGUCAAUAAAAUGAAAGAGGAAUUGGAUGAAAUUAACCAAAUUGUGAAUCUUGUCUGCAACUUACGCGAGUAUGUGUUGAAAUUUGAGUGCCGUGAAGUCAAACACGGUGUCUCUAUCCCACAAUACUUUAGAUGUCCUUUAUCAUUGGAACUUAUGUCAGAACCUGUUAUUGUGGCUUCUGGUCAAACAUACGAGAGGCAAUCCAUUCAAAUGUGGCUUGAUCAUGGCCUGACUGUUUGUCCCAAGACUCAUCAGAGACUUUCCCAUACAAAUCUUAUUCCGAAUUAUACCGUGAAAGCUAUGAUAGCAAACUGGUGUGAGGAACAUGCUGUCAAACUUCCCAAUAACUCUAAGCCUAAAAGUUCUUACCAUGUUUCAACCCCGUCAGAUCAUUCAUUUCCUCAAGAUUUUGAUCCUGUGUGUAGUUUUGGGUCUUCACAUAGUAGCUAUUCCACUUCAAAAUCGUCCCCUCAAACUGGAAGUGCAUUUGAGAAGCAAAAUGGUGAUGGUUCUUUCAGACUAAGUGGAGAAUCAAAUGGAUGCAGGAGUGGAGACACAGAAAAGUUUGAGCACUCAUCCCCUGAGGCUUCAUGUAGUCACAGCAGAAGUGAAUCAGUGUCAAGUUCUAUUUCUAGCAGUGAUUAUGUAUAUCCAGUUUCAAAAGGGGUGUCAGCCAUACCUAAUAAGCAUCAAAAUGUGUUGUGCAGAGAAAUCAUAAAUGAGCAUCCUGCAAAUAAAGAAUCAGGGAUUUCUACUCGGUUUUCAGGAAAGCAAUCUCAAAUCCCUGAAUCCAAAAUUGUAGGGAUGGAGAACGGAAAUAAUCAUAGAAAGAAUAAUAAUAUUAUUAAUAGCCACACGGAAGUUGAUUCGGUUCCUGCUUCCAACUUACAGCAUGAUGAACUAACUACCAUAUCUCAUGUCAACAAGCUGAUUGAAGACCUUCAGAGUAAGAAGUCAAAUGAGGUGCAAACUGCUGCUGCAGAAGAAUUGAGGCUCCUUACCAAGAAUAACAUGGAAAACCGUGUCAUUGUUGGGAAGUGUGGCGCAGUUACACCAUUACUUUCACUGCUGUAUUCGAAUGUGAAGAUAACACAAGAACAUGCUGUGACAGCUCUUCUGAAUUUGUCAAUUUACGAGGACAACAAGUCUUUGAUUAUGGAAGCAGGAGCCAUAGAACCACUGAUCCACGUUUUGAAGACAGGAAAUGAUGGUGCCAAGGAGAAUUCUGCAGCAGCACUAUUCAGCCUCUCCGUAAUAGAAAACAAUAAGGAAAAAAUUGGUCGUUCCAGUGCAGUUAAAGCUUUGGUGGAUCUUCUAGCCUCAGGAACACUAAGGGGAAAGAAGGAUGCUGCCACUGCUUUAUAUAACUUAUCAAUAUUUCACGACAAUAAAGCUCGGAUAGUUCAAGCUGGAGCUGUGAAGUAUCUGACUCAGUUAUUGGACCCUGCUGACAGAAUGGUUGACAAGGCUGUUGCUCUUUUAGCAAAUCUCUCAACAAUUGCAGAGGGUCGAAUAGAAAUAACAAGGCAAGGGGGAAUUCCCUUGCUAGUUGAAAUUUUGGAGUCAGGUUCUCAAAGGGGGAAGGAAAAUGCUGCUUCUAUUCUCUUCCAACUAUGCCUUCAUAGUUCGAAGUUUUGUACCCUCGUUCUGCAAGAAGGAGCUGUACCACCCCUAGUUGCAUUGUCUCAGUCCGGCACGACAAGAGCAAAAGAAAAGGCGCAACAGCUACUCAGUCAUUUCCGUAAUCAGCGUGAAGUGGCUGCCGGGAAGGGAAGAUCAUGAUGACAGAAAUUUUUUGUUAUUGCAUUGCCCUUUUGCUUUCUUACCUUAGUAGCUUGUGUGAAAAUCAUGUUCCUCCAUCAUCUUAUGUCCCUGCCAUUUAGCACUUCUAGAACUCCUUUCAUUUCAUUAGUUUUGUUAUUAUCAUUAUCAUUUUUUUCCUGAUGCAUCAUUUGUGUCACAAGAUCAAGCUCUUUUUCUUUUUGUAAAGUUCAAAAUGGCACUUCAAUAUUA